GUAACAUACUAUGACAAACUAACUAUUUAUUACUCUCUAAUUUGUAGUGCUACGUCAACUGAGAUUAACCUAUGAAAAAUUUGUUUACCUGUUUUUCUGUUACUCUAUUCUUUUUUUAGCACUUUCAUCAUCCUGUCCAUCCAUUCAACUAUUCUUGAAUAGAGAUGUGUAGUGAGUAUGUCAUUAUUUCGAAGAUUUUUCUCAUGUACCUCUACUGACAAUUAUCCAUUCUCAUAUACAACUAAUCUUGUACAAGAGAAUACUAAAAAAUUUCCUAAUAAUGGUAAUAAUAAUUGUAUCAUAUGUCAUGAAUCCGUUAUAACUUGUUUAAAUAAUCAAUCUAUUAAAAAGCAGAAAUAUUUGUCAUCAAUUACAAAAUAUAAGCAAUUAUCGCCGUUAACAACGGAAGAAAAUCAAAAUAUUCAAACAAAACAACCAGGAACUAUGUCAGUUUGUAUUUCAUGUACAGAUAUACUUGAUAAUAACAAGAAUCCACAACUAAGUGAUAAUAAGAUGUUAGAUGUAACAACUUCAUCUUAUCAAUACAAUUUAACACAUCCAUACACUACUAAUAUUAUUACUACUAAUCCAACAACAACAUCACCAAUAUCAACAGUAAAAACAUGUAUUUCAAUGAAUGAUACUUCUGAAAAAUCAAUUAGUUUACAAUGUUCUAAAUUUAUUACACGUUGGAUAACACAAUGUCCAUUUCAAUGGAAUAUAAAAUCAUCAAAUCAACAAAAAACUAUAAUAAAUAAUAAUAAUAAUUGGCAAACAACAACAUCAACAACUAUCAUUUCUAAUAAUCCUAUUGAUCCUAUAUAUACACAAUCCAGAUAUCAACAAGAUCUAUUAAAUCCAAUCAACAAAACAAUUCAAACUACUAAUAAUGAUGAAAAUAUUCAUGAAUUUAUUGAAGAAUGUGUUAUACCUGUACCUGUAUUUAAUUUAUUUCUAUAUUUAGCACAAGAAGGUGUUUAUGCAAGAGAUUUAUUUCGACGACCUGGUAAUAUUGCUCAAAUUAAACAUAUAUUACAACGUUUUGCAUCGGAUCAAAUGAUUGAUUGGAAAGAUUAUAAUAUUCAUACUGUAGCAACAGUUGCUAAACGUGUAUUAUUUAAUAUACCAAAUGGUUUAAUUGGUUUGAAAGGUGAAAAACAAUUAUUACGUACUGCUUUAUUAACACAACAACCAUUAAAUGAUAAUAAUCAAUUAAAAACAAUAUGUAAUACAUCUAUAAUACAUCAUCAUGAUACAUUUAAUUUAGAAAUUGGUAAUAAAUCAGAGAAUUUACUCCUAGAAUUAGAUGAACCAACAAAUACUUCACCAUUAAUAUCUGUAUUAGAUGAAACACAUUUAAAAGAUAAUAACAAGAAUCUAUAUUAUACAAAUAAAGAAUAUACAGAACAAUUCAAUGAUUUAAUAAAACGUGCUAUAGUUAUUACAAAUAUUGAUACAACUCAACAAUCUAAUACGGUGAAUUUAUUAUUUUCAUAUGGUUCAAUAAAACAAAUCUAUCAAUUAACUCCAGUGGAUAUAGAACGUGUACAAGUUUUUCAAAAUAUACUUAAAGAUUUAACUAUAGCACAUCGUCAACUAACUAUAAUGAUAUUUGGUAUAUUACAUCAACUUGUAUUCAAUAUGGCAUUUAAUACGGCUAAUCAAAACCAUGGAUUAGAAAAAGAUAAUGAUGAAUUACCUAAUAUUCCAUUACUUAAAUUAGCUGAAGGAGUUGUAAAAUCAGUUGCUGGUUCAAUGUUUCAUUCAUGUGCAUCAUCAAUAUUGUUAAUAAAUCAAACAACACAAGUACUUCAGUCACUUGUCAUUUGUUUCCCUGUUGUGGAUAAACAUUUCACACAAUUCUAUUGGGAUAUAUUAGAUAAUCGUUAUAAAUUAAAAAAAUCAAAAUCAAAUCAUUUUCCUGCUGUAAAAAUGAACAUUACAAAAUCGGGUGGUACUACACGUUCAGAAUCUUGUUCAUUUAUGAUUUAUUCUAAAUCAGCUUAUUCAACUCGUUUAAUAAAUGCUGCUGGACGUCUUUUCUGUUUAAAGAAUUCUAGUCACAAUAAUAUUACCAUUAAUAAUAAUACCAAUAAUAAUAAUGUUGUCAAUGAUGUACAAACAUCACCGCCAACAUCAAUUACAUCAUCAGUGAAACAUUUUUGUUUUCCAUUAAAAGAUUCAACACGUCAACUGCAAAAAUCAAAACAAUAUUUAUCAAUACAUCGUGAAGCAUCCAUAGAGUCAUCAUUCUAUCAAAAUACCAAUGAAACUAAUAAUCAAAAUAAACAGAAAGAAACAAUCAUUGAUCAACCUGUUGAUGUAUCACUUGUAUCGUUUACCGAUUCAUCAGAAUGUAACAAAAGAACUAAAUGUAAAGAUGUAAAAUUUUCAUCAUAUUCUAAAGUCAAUGUACAUAAUGAAUUAGAUAAUCAUAUAACAAAUGAAAUGAAUACAAAUUUCUAUUCUAACCCUAUCAAUCUUCGACGUAAUCAAUCACGCUAUCGUUCAUUACGUCGUAGACAAAUGGAAAAUUUAACAAAACGUGCUGAAUGGUUUUUACAACCAACUAUAUUACCUAAAUUAACAUUUACAUUAAAUCAAUUCAAUAAUAAUAAUGAUACAAAUACAACUAUGUCUACAAUAUCAUUAUUAAAUAUACAAGAUAAAAUUAAUAAUACAAUGACAAAUAAUCAUUCUAAUAUGAUACAAGUUGUUCAUCCAAGAAUAUUAUUCACUUCAUCAACAAGUGAUUUAUUGAUUCCAUCGAAUUAUGACCACCUAGAUACAAUAUAUUGUCGUCAACCCUAUGAUGAAACAUUAUUAGAUCAUCAAAAAAUCAAUCCAACUCAUUUAUAUCCAUCCUACAAUUAUGGUCAUAGUUUUAAUAGUUUAUUAAAUCAUUCAUUAUUAUCAACAACAUCAUCACCAUCAUCUAAUUAUUAUGUUAUAUCACAAUCAAAUCAAUUAUAUUCAUCGCAAUUAAAUCAAGAAAAUCAUACAAUCAAUUCAUUACGUAUACCGAAUUUAUCAUCAGAAGAGAAUAAUACUUCAACUCAUUCAUUUCUAUAUUAUAAUAUACCUAAAUAUUCAUUAUCAUAUCAUAAUGAUUAUGAUCAUAUCAAUAAACCUGAUCGUUUACAAUCAACGAGUUAUGAUAAUUUUCAUAUUCUAUCCUAUUCAUCUAAUCAUAAUAUACAUGAAAAUAAUAAUAUCAAUCUAAUAAAUGAUUGUAAUAUAACACCUACUAAUAUAUCUUCUAUAUCGAAUACGAAUUAUACCAAUUCAACAAAUCUUUCAUUCAAUGUUAAAAAUGAAUUACGUCAUAAUAAUAAUAAAUUAACAUCAUCUAUCUCAGGUUUAGAUAUUAUUAAAAAAUCAAAUAUGAUUUAUUCUGAUUGGUCCAUUGAUCGACCAAUCAAAAAUGAACUUUCAAAUCGUUAUCGUCCACGUAGUCAUAGUAUUAGUAAUAGUAAUAGUAGUAGUCGUCAUAGUAAUAAUGUAACUAAAUUAAAAUAAUCUACAAUAAUACCAUCAUAAAAUGAAUUUAAUAAUAAAUAGAUAAAUACAAAAUAUAAAUUAUAAACUAGUUGAUUGUUUUUUCUCUUUACUCAUUUAUUUUAUUCUUUAGUUACUUUUGUAUACAAAUAGAUUAAAUAUUAUUGGCUCAGUCAAUAAUAUUUUAAUGCUUUAACAAUACAAAAUGUCUCUUUCCCUCUAUCUCGU